AUGCCUUCCAACAACUGUGUCAUAUAUAAAGCAAUUCUUGAAUCCGGUUAUCCAAAGAUAGGUGAACACAUAGAAUUUGUUAAUAGAGAAAUUGAUAUCGAAAAUUUUCUACUUCACGAGGGGGAUAUUCUUGUAAAAAAUCAAUAUUUAUCGUUGGAUCCAUACAUGCGUGGUAAACUGAGAAAUCCUGAAAUAAAAUCCUAUACACCAUCGUUCGAACUUGGUAAAGUUUUAGAUGGACGUGGUAUUGGCACUGUUGUUAAAUCUAAAAAUGUGGAAUAUCAAGUUGGAGAUUAUUAUAUUGGAGUUAUAGGCUGGGAAGAAUACACACAUCUAUCCGAAAAUACUUUAAAAACGUCAAGCAUGAAAGUUCUGGCGGAAGAAGUUUCAAAAUCUACGGCUCCUAAAAGCUAUUUUCUCGGAUUACUUGGUAUGCCUGGAUUGUCUGCUUAUAUUGGACUCAAUAAUAUUGGAAAACCGAAAAAAGGUGAAACUAUUUUUAUUUCAGUAAGUGCAGUUGGACAAGUAGUAGGGCAAAUUGCAAAAAUUAAAGGAUUACGUGUAAUUGGUUCCGCUGGCGAUGACUCCAAAAUUAAUUAUCUUCUUAAUGAAUUAAAAUUUGAUGAUGCGUUUAACUAUAAAACUUGUGAUGUUGAUAAGAAAUUAUCAGAGUUAUGUCCAAAUGGGAUUGAUAUUUAUUUUGAUAAUGUUGGUGGUGAAAUUCUAGAUAUAGUUCUCACUCAUUUAAACAUCUACGCCCGCAUAGUAGCUUGUGGAAUGAUCUCUCAAUAUAAUACUAAAACUCCUUAUGGUGUUAAAAACCUAAUGUGCAUUAUUCCAAAGCGCAUUUUAUUUCAAGGAUUUAUUGUAAUUGAUCAUUACGAUGAAAUGAAUUCUUUUUUGAAAGAAAUGGGUGAGUGGUUUAAGCAGGGUAAAUUAAUCUAUAAGGAAUAUAUAAUUGAAGGAAUUCAAAAUGCUCCGGAAGGACUUCUAAAUGUGUUGACCGGUAAAAAUUUUGGAAAGGCGAUC